AUGACCAGUCCUAAGUGCUGCCCGCUGGGACCACGCAGAGCGCGCACCAAGCCCCGGGAAGACCGGGUUCGGCGCCUUCCUGGCGAGCAGCGUGGGUGCCCUGGACACCCCGAAGCCCGGGCGCCGGCCGCAGCAGAGAACAUUGUCACCAACUCGGCCCCGGAGGACUCCGCGCCCACGGCCGCGCCCCAGGCUCCCCGGCCGCAGCCCCGGCCCCCGAGGCCCCCUCAACCCCGAGGCCCCCUCAACCCAGACGCCCAGGGUCGCUUCAAAGGCUCCGGCCAGAACCCAAGGUCAGGAGCGCCAGCCUCGCCCGUGGACGUGGACGCCCCCGGCCCCCCAUCCCCGGCGUGGGCGCGCGGACCUGACCUGCCCCGAGGGCGCACACCUGCCCCCCCCCCGCCAGGUGGACAGGGGCCCCGAGAGUCCGCACCCACGGAGCGCAGGGGAGCCCCCGGGCUCCGCACCCUCUUCCCCGGUGGCGAGUCCCCUGCGGCCCGCACCCCCCCCGAGCCCAGGCGAGAGGUGCCCCGAGGCCCGCACCCUCGAACUCCAGCGGCGGCUCCCCGAGGCCCCGCACCUUCGCGCCCCCGCAGCGGGGUCCCGCGCGCUCCGCUCCCCCCGCGACCGCAGAGGCGCCCCGCCGGCCCGCCCGCGCUCCCCGCGAACCUGGGUGCCGGGUCCCCGCCGUCCGGCUCCCCCCGAAGCGGCUCCGCGAGGCUCUCGGCGAGGGUCGCCCGGGCGCCCGGCGGCCGCGGCUCGGAGGGGGAGCGCGCGGGGCCUCCCCGGGCACGCGCCCCGCACCCGGCCGCCGGCGAGGCGCAUGGGCCGCGCGCGCGGGGCGGAGCCGCCCGGCCCCCGCAGGAGCCGAGCCCGAAAGUUGCCAGGAAACUUGAGCCGCGCGCCGGGCGGCUCCUGCAUAAUUCACGGCGCGGGCGCGGCGCUCGGGCACCAGCCGGACCCCCGCCCCGGCCGCGGCGCGCGGGGUCAGGCCCGGCACCGGCUGGGACGCGGGACCGCGGGGACCCCGAGCGCCCGCGCGCCCCGCCCGCGCCCCCCGGGCCUGCGCCGGGCGCCCAGCCGCGCUGCAGCCGCGCGGACCUGCGCGGGGCUGCGGGUGCCGGCGCCGGCGGGGCGGCCGCGGCGGGGUCCCCGGGGAGCCGCACCUCGCGCCGCCCCGCCCCGCCCCGCGCGCCCCCUGGCGGCCCCGCGCUCCUCCGAGGCGGCGCCCAGACCCGGCCCGCCCGCCGAGCCCGGGAGAGCGCCCCGGAGCCGGGCGAGCGCCCCGGAGCCGGGCGAGCACCCCAGAGCCGGGCGAGCGCCCCGGAACCGGCGGCGGCGGCUCUGCUGGUGCGUGCCUGGGCCUUUAAGGCUCCCAUGGAGGUGCGCAGGCCUGAGGCUCGGGAAGAGCGGGCUGCAGGUUUCGGCGGGGAGUGGGGAGCAGGCCGCGGGGAGACCUCAGCCCCUGAGAGUCUGUCCUCCGGGCCUCCCGGCGACCGCCUCCCGGAGCCCUCGCCAUCUCGGGGCGACGCGCCCUUAUAUCCCCGCCCUCCGGGCUCAGCAAGAUACUCCCCAGUUUUGGAUCUGUCUGCCGAGCUGUCUCCAAGCAUGAUGCUGGGGCGCCGCUGGGACCUGACUGUCCAUCCUGACCUCCAAGACGGAGCAGCCACCCCGGACCCAAGCCCUGCUCGCCCGGGGCCCUCUGCGGCCCUCCGGCUGUCUGGGCCUGGGGCGCUGUGA